AUGGCGGGGAUACUUGUGAACAAUAUCCUCCCUCAACCUCCGAUUCUCGUACCGGUUUCUUCUUCUCGAAGCAGAUCAAUCCGAACCCUAGUUAUGGUUAAAGCUUCCGCUGAACCUUCCGAGUCAGUUUCAGUGUCCACGAAAUCCAGCGACGACACCGGAGCAGUGGUGUUCACUGCUCCUCCCGGUUUCAAGCCUCCCGAGCCGAAACGCUUCGCCGUCAAACCCGGAAAACUCUUCGAUGUCUUGGGUGCAGCCAUCGGUUUGUUUUUCCGAUUCGGCACUGGGGUUUUCGUUUCUGGGUACUCUGCAUCUUUCGUGUCCAAGGACGAGGUUCCUGCUGACCAGUAUGCGUUGCGAAUUGGCGAUGGGUUUGUGAAUAGAUAUGGUAAUCAUAAUGGGUUGAUGCUAUGUGUAGGGAUCACGGUGAAGGAAACCUCAAAGCUCGGGCCUCGCCCUGAGAAACCUAUCGAGAUAUACGAGUUUGAAGGGUAUGUCAGAGAAAUGGUGGCAGUGUUGGAUCUUGAUAUUCUUUACUAUCCUUGUCCAAGAGGGAGUCCAAAUUUCCGCCCGAAGGUGCUUCAGAUGGGCGGGAAACAACAGUUUCCGUACAUGGUUGAUCCCAAUACCGGAGUGUCCAUGUAUGAAUCAGAUGGAAUCAUCAAAUAUCUAUCCGAGAAAUAUGGAGAUGGAACCGUUCCUUUAAGUCUGAAACUUGGCCCAUUAACGGCUAUAACAGCUGGCUUUGCAAUGAUUGGCCGUAUGGGAAAGGGUAACUUGUACACACCAGCAAAACUACCACCUAAGCCACUCGAAUUCUGGGCUUAUGAGGGUUCUCCAUUUUGCAAGCUGGUCCGGGAAGUUCUCGUAGAACUGGAGUUACCACACAUCCAGCGCAGUUGUGCUAGGGGUAGCCCCAAACGGCAGGAAUUGCUCAGGAAAGCUGGUCACUUUCAGGUGCCUUACCUGGAAGAUCCAAACACUGGAGUAAAUAUGUUCGAGAGUGCAGAAAUCGUAGAGUAUCUGAAGCAAACUUAUGCUGCUUAA